AGAGAGACGAGCACUUCUCACCUUCAAAGAAGAUGUUACUGAUCCUUCCGGUAGGCUUUCUUCUUGGGUGGGUCAGGAUUGCUGUCAAUGGGAAGGGAUUUCAUGCAAGAACCAUACAGGUCGCGUUGCAAAGAUGGACCUCCGAAACCUGAAUUAUGAUCAAGGCUUCUACGGGGAGACUUCUUUGGGGGGUAAGAUUAAUCCUUCUUUGCUCAGCUUUAAGAACUUAUAUUACCUUGACCUAAGCGGAAAUGAUUUUCACGGACUUCGAAUUCUUAAUUUCUUUGGAAAGCUUACAAGCUUGAGGUAUCUUAAUCUCUCCUAUAAUUUAUUUGUGGGAGAGAUUCCCCCAUCUCUUGGUAACCUCUCAAACUUGAAUUAUCUUGACCUAAGUGGAAAUGAUUUUCAAGGACUUCAAAUUCCUAACUUCUUUGGGAAGCUUCAAAGUUUGAGGUAUCUCAAUCUCUCAUAUAAUUCAUUUGUGGGAGAGAUUCCCCCAGCUCUUGGUAACCUCUCAAACUUGAACUAUCUUGACCUCAGUUCUGAUUAUUACAGUUUUGUUUCUUCCAAAAACUUGAAUUGGCUUUCUCAUCUCUCUUCCCUAAAGUAUCUCAAUCUUGGAGGUGUGAACCUUAGCAGCACAGGAGUAAGUUGGCUACAUGAUGUCAGCAUGCUUCCUUCACUCUUGGAGUUGCAUUUAUCUUAUUGCCAACUUCAAAACCUUCCAAACUCCCAGCUGCCGUCAGUAAACUUCACAUCCCGCCUAUUGGUUCUUGAUAUAUCAAACAAUUAUAUUUAUUCUUCAUUUCCCAGCUGGUUUUUUAAUCUUACCAACCUCAAAAGACUUGAUGCAUCUGGCAAUCUGUUCGGGCCCUUGCCUGUUGAAAUUGCAAACCUCAAGUCUUUGGAAGACCUUGAUUUCAGUUAUAAUCGGCUCCAAGGUCAAAUUCCCAAAGUCUUUGGUACUUUGUGCAGCCGAAGGAUAUUAGAUCUUUCGAAGAACUCGUUCAAUGGUAGUUUGGAAGAGGUUUUGAAUGGUUUCUCAAACUGUACAAGUCCUAGAUUAGAGUCACUUGCUUUGUCCCACAAUAUGGUUGAAGGUGAGCUGCCUGCCGCCCUAGGAAUGCUUGAAUAUCUGAAGGAACUUGACCUCAGUUCAAACCAAUUUUCGGGUUCAAUUUCACAUUCUAUCGGUAAUUUAUCAUCCCUGAAAACACUGGACAUCUCUGGUAAUAAUUUGAAUGAGUCCAUUCCUGAAAGUUUGGGACAACUCUCUCAGCUAGUCCAUUCCUGGAUCUAUCUUGGAAUUCGUGGGAAGGCAUUCUAACCGACGCCCAUUUCCGAACUCCACAAAGUUGAAGUCUUUUGCAGUCAGUAGCACAUACGGGCCUAGGUCCCUCAUUUUUAACAUGGCUCAUGACUGGGUUCCUCCCUUCCAGCUUGAUUCACUCGACAUUGCCAACUGCAGAGUAGGUCCUGCCUUUGGGGCAACCAACUUCAAACACUUGAUGAUUCAUCCAUUUACAAGGGCAACCCAUCCUUGUGUGGCGUUCCUCUUUCAACUGUCUGCCCGGGAGAUGGCGCA